UCUUCUGAUGGACCAAUCAGGUUAGCGAACAAGACAGACGUCAAUUGGACAUUUGCUCGAGAAGGCAUUAUAAAUGAGCUCGUUCGUCACCCACAUUCUGUAGAAGAAAUUGUGAUUUUGAUUCUGACGAUGGAAGCAAGCGAGUCGCCGAGGAAAGAGCAAGAAGCCUUUGAAACCAACGUAGAAAGUGAUAACAAUGAGAAAUUUUCGUCAGACCCUAAAGAUGAAGGAGUGACUUUUACUCUCAAGUUCUUUCUAUUCGUGGCCUGUAUUGGUUCGAGUAUGUUUGGAAUGGACCAGGCCCUUCUUUCGUCCGUGGAGCUGUUUGCCGUUCCAGACCUAAACUUGAGCCCGCAUGACUGGUCUUGGAUAUCGUCUGCAGCUACCUUGGGUGCGGCAGGCGGGGCAUUGAUAGCCAUUCCUUCUAACGCAUUGGUAGGAAGGAAGAUUGUACUCUUAAUUUCUUCAGCAUUUUAUAUAGCUGGAGUCAUCAUGGCCACUGCAUCUCAAAACUUUGGGCUAUUUUUCGCAGGGAGGCUUAUUAUGGGUAUUGGAAUGGGCAUUGAAGCAAUGACAAUCCCUAUCUAUAUCUCAGAAGUAGUUCCAAAGUCUCACCGAGGUGCACAUCUGAAUAUUUUCAAUUCACUCUAUAAUGUUGGAGUCUUCGCAGGAGAUAUUGUUGACGCCAUCUUUGUGAAUGUUCACCCUGGGUCUUGGAGGUACAUGGUUGGAGCUGGCUUCAUUGGACCAGCAAUCCAGUUCGUGUGCGUUUUCUUCUUUCCUGAAAGCCCACGAAUGCUCCUGAAGUGGGGCAGAUCUGAUGCAGCGCAGAAAUCCUGGAGAAAAUAUCGUAGACCGACACUCAUUUCUAAUAGGGAAUAUGAAGAGAUGGUUCAACAAUUGGAUGAAGAGCUUGCACUGAAGCGGAGCACAGUUGGAGUCCUGAAGGAGAUUCUGUUUAAUCCCUCUGUUCGUGCCACAUUUAUACUUGGUGCCUUACUCUCCUUCGCUCAACAAUGGAACGGUGCAACGGCACUUGGAUAUUAUGAACCUUCAAUUUUCACGGAUCUUGGACUUACACGAAUUCAGGCGGUUUACACUACACUUCCCAUAGGAUUUUGGAUGCUUGUAUGGACCUUACCUCCAUAUUUGCUAUUUGAUAGGUAUGGUAGAAGACCUAUCAUGAUGGCUACAUUCCCUAUAUUUAUAAUCGGCCUUAUAAUAUCUGGUACUUCAAUUCUGAGCAGCAACUUGAAGGGCAAAGCGGCUGGAUUCUUUAUUGGUCUUGCCUUUUACUAUAUUGGAUAUGAGCAGGGAAUUUCGCCUUUAGCUUGGGCUAUUAAUGGAGAAAUGUACGAAUUGCACGUGAGAAAUUAUGGUAUGUCGUGGGGAGCUUUUAUGCUGCUUGGUUCAGCAUUUGCAUCAACCUACACGUUUUCAAGGCAAAAGGCUGCCAUGACUUUAUCAGGGACUUUUGGGUUAUACGCAGGACUUUCUUGUCUCUUUUGGUUAUCCUUGUUUUUAGUAAUGCCAGAAACAGGCGGUUGUACUUUGGAAAUGAUCAAAAGAAGAUUUGAAGGGGGUGUUUCUGGCAUAAUGAAGAAAAAUCUUCAAGAAGCUAAACUUUUCUGGCAUGGAGUUUUCCACGGAAAAGGAAUACUGGAGUCACUUCGUCUUUCGGAGGACUGUGACGAGAAUAUGCUAGAAAAUGAUAGCUACAAAGAUGAAGGAAUGAAUGAAUGAUUAGUGAUAGGUUUUGUGGCUUCAAAUAAAUUUUAUUUGUGAUCU